CACUCCCCGUGGCAGCGUGACCCAAGAACACCUCUCGCGAUCCCAGGCGCGCUCUCCGGAUGGCCGGCUACAAGGAGGUGAGUGUCUCCGGCUACGAGGACUUCAUGCAGGCUGUGGAGCAGCACAAUGGCAAGACCGUAUUCGCCUACUUUUCCGGUUCUAAGGACGCCGAAGGGAAAAGCUGGUGCCCGGACUGCGUGCAGGCUGAACCAGUCGUACGAGAGGGGCUGAAGCAUGUUGGUGAAGGAUGUGUGUUCAUCUACUGCCAAGUAGGAGAAAAACCUUAUUGGAAAGAUCCAAAUAAUGACUUUAGGAAAAAGCUGAAAUUAACUGCAGUGCCUACACUACUUAAAUAUGGAACACCUCACAAACUGGUAGAAUCUGAGUGUCUUCAGGCUAACCUCGUGGAGAUGUUGUUCUCUGAAGAUUAGUAAGAUUUGAUGAUGGCAAUUGUGUCUUGAUUUCAUCAAGUAUAAAAGAAACUGCAUACUUGUUUUGAAUUCAUGUUAGCAGUAAAUAAACGAUGAUGUAAAAAAAUUCAUAUAUGUCUAAAACAGUACAGUGCUAUUAAAAAUGCUCAUGAAGCCCCGAGUUUGCUUUAA